AGAUCACCAGCCUUGGGGUAGAAAAGAUAAGAAACAACCCUGGCUUAGUUUUCAUUUUGCUCUCUAAUUGUGGAAAGCUUGCGAAAGCAGGAGCUGAGCCUUUGCUGGCCCUUCCUGCUCACCUGGCAGGGAGGUGAGAUGCCAGCUGAAUCCCGCAACUCCGGGAGCCGAAGAAAAGCGUGCGACCUUCACACUGCCGCGAUGGCUGCAGCAGCUGCCUCUUGGCCGAGUGCCACUGCCUCGGCACACCCCGGCCGGAGGGUUGGCUGCUCACGCAUCCGUCACGGUGCCUGAGAAAACACGCCGGUGACGUGCUAGGUCCCCUCCUCCUGCCCUCGAACACAUGCUGUUCGGGGCGCAGCCGGCUCAUAGCCCCAAAACACCCCUACAUGAUGGAGAGGACGGAGACGCCGGGGAGGUGGAGAUGUAGCAGCACUUGGUUUUUACGUGCUUAAAAAGCUAUUUGUGGCAGAGCCGGACAGCAGACAGGGAUCUUGCGGAGGCGAUGGAUGGAGACAUGUGCUCCAGGAUUUGGUGGAGGUUGGAACUCUCUUAACAGUCCGUUGUCUUCUCUUGAGAGCCCCAGGGUUGCUGCAAAGCAAUUUUGUUUCCUACUCCUCUGCAGAAAGCUCUAGAGGAAACACAGCACAAUGUACACCUUCCUGCCUGAGAACUUCACGCCAGUGAAGCAGAAGCCCUCCAAGGAGCUGAGACCCAUGCUCGGGGCCAUCUUGCUGGGUCUCAUCCUGUUCAUUGCUGCGAUCGUGGCCUGGUGCUACUAUACAGUGUCGCUGAGGAAGGCAGAGCGGCUCAAGACAGAGCUGAUGGACCUGCGGGCAGAUGGCUUCGUCAUCAGGAACCAGAAUGGAGAAGUGGUCUUCCGUCUGGCCUUCCGCUCAGGCAGCCUCGACCUGGAGUCGUGCUCCAAGGAGGGUGAGAUUUUGAGCUGCACGCGGUCGGGCAGAGGGCCACUCAACUUCUUCAUCCAGACGGUGAAGCCCAAGGACACGGUGAUGUGUUACCGCGUGCGCUGGGAGGAGCUGGCGCCCGGCCCGGCGGUGGAGCACACCAUGUUCUGGGAGGAUGCCCACUGGUACGGGGGCUCAGAGAUGAGCGUCCAGCACUGGCCCAUCCGCCUGGCCGGCUACCAGGAGCCUGUGCCCUACGUGACGAGCGACGUCUACUCCUUUCGCGACAGCUUUGGUGGCAUCCUUGAGCGCUACUGGCUCUCCUCCAAGGCAGCAGCCAUCAAGAUCAACGACUCCGUGCCCUUCCACCUGGGAUACAACGCCACUGAGCGCACCCUCUUCUUCCAGGCUCGCUACAAGGAUUCUCCCUACAAGCCCCCACCGGGGCAGCAGCCCUUCCCCGAGCUCAGCUACCGCGUCUGCGUGGGCUCUGACGUCACAUCCAUCCACAAGUACAUGGUGCGCCGGUACUUCAACAAGCCCUCCAAGAUCCCUGCUGAGAAUGCCUUCCGAUACCCCAUCUGGUCCACCUGGGCCCUGUACAAGAAUGACAUCGAUCAGGAUAAACUCUUGAGGUUUGCUGAAAAGAUCAAGAAGUACCGUUUCAACUGCAGCCACAUUGAAAUCGAUGACAUGUAUACUCAAGCCUAUGGGGACUUUGACUUUGACCCCAUCAAGUUCCCCAAUGUGACAGAGAUGUUUGCAAAACUGAGGGAGGAUGGGUUCAAGGUCACCCUGUGGACUCACCCUUUCAUAAACUAUAAUUCUUCCAAUUUUGGGGUGGGUAUUGAGCGUCAGCUGUUCAUCAAGGAGCCAUCAGGGAGGCUGCCAGCUAUGGUGGAAUGGUGGAAUGGCAUCGGAGCCAUCCUGGACUUCACCAACCCAGCAGCCCGGGACUGGUUCCAGAGCCACCUGCGCCAGCUCCGACACAAGUAUGGCAUCUCAUCCUUCAAGUUUGAUGCAGGUGAGACCAGCUACCUACCCAAGCAGUUCAGCACCUUCCGCCCACUCUCCGACCCCAGCAUCUGGUCACGGCGCUACACAGAGAUGGCCAUCCCCUUCUAUGAGCUGGCUGAGGUGCGAGUGGGCUACCAGUCGCAGAACAUCUCCUGCUUCUUCCGUAUCAUUGACCGUGACUCUGUCUGGGGCUAUGAGCUCGGCCUCAAGUCCCUCAUCCCCACAGUGCUCACCAUCAGCAUGCUGGGCUACCCCUUCAUAUCCGCUGACAUGAUUGGGGGAAAUUUUUUCCCGAACAAGACAGACGGGGCAGUGGAGAUCCCUGACCGUGAGCUGUAUGUGCGGUGGCUGGAGCUGUCGGCCUUCAUGCCCUCCAUGCAGUUCUCCAUCCCCCCCUGGCUCUAUGACAAGGAGGUGGUGGAGAUUGCACAGAAGUUCACAGAGCUUCAUGAGUCGCUGGUGGCCCCGCUGUUGCUGGAGUUGGCCGGGGAGGUCACGGACACAGGCGACCCCAUCAUCCGUCCCAUCUGGUGGAUCUCUCCCAGUGAUGAGGCCGCUCACAAGAUCGACUCCCAGUUCCUCAUUGGUGAUACCCUCAUGGUGGCCCCCGUCCUUGAGAUGGGCAAGCAGGAGCGUGACGUCUACCUGCCAGCGGGCAAGUGGCGCAGCUACAAGGGGGAGUUGUUUGAGAAGACCCCAGUGCUGCUCACGGACUAUCCUGUCGACUUGGAUGAAGUCGCCUAUUUCCUCUGGGUUUCCUAACAGGCUCCUCCAUCAGCUUUGGGAUACCCAUGCCUUACCUGUGACUUUGUAACAAAUAAUAAUUCUAAUUGCACAUUUCAUUUGAAACUGGGGAUAAGGAAGGGGAUUAAAUAGACUUCACUGUCUUUGGGGUAAUUUUUUUUUUGUUUGGAGUGAUCUUUUUGUUUUUAAUUUGGGCAGGUGGGAGACUGUUGGUUGCGUUACAGUAGGCAGAUUUUUCUCUAUGUAUGUCAGGAAGGGGUUGUCAGUCUGUCUGUGCCCAUGUGGUUAACCCAGUACUUUCUGGGUUCCCAAGUAUUUCAGCAUGUGGAGGUUGUUUAAGUGCCAGUGGGAGUGUGUCUGGUCUUGUGGCAACACCCAGCGCUGGGCAUGGGGGCGUGUGAUGUGGGAGGGUUGCUACAGCACAGCCUGCCUUAAGUUUUAUAAUAUGGCAAAUAUAUUUAAAAAUACUUUUUUUAGAGCAGCAAAAAAGAGAGAAAUAUAUAUAUAUGUAUACAUCACAUAUUUUUCCCUCCCGCUUUAGUCUAGUGUGACACUGGACCAACAUUUGCCCUAUGUUUCCACUUUCCUGGGUACCAGGAAAGCCAGGUUUCUCAAGUGACGUCCAAUCAUUUUAACUGUAUGGGCUGUGUUGCUUGCUGGUGCAGCUGCAUCCCAUCUCCUUGUCCGUUUAAUACCCUAUGCAAAGCACUUGCCUGUAUGUUUUGCCUUGGGUGUCAACAUUGCCUUUCCUGGAGCAUUGCCAUCUGUACCAGCAUGUCCCAUUAGUCUUUUUAAAGCAUUUAUGGCCCUGCUUCACUAUAUGAUUAUCCUACCAAUAUUAUCCCUUUCAGUUCUUAAGGACAGAUGAGCUUUCAGGUUUGUUGCUGGCAGAAGGUCUGCCUGGAGCAACGGUGUCCUCAAAAAGCAUUGGUAGCGCUUCCCCAAGAAUAGCUGGUUCCUGCAAGUGGCACAUGUCUUGGAUUGAUUGAUUUUUCAACCCAGCUUGCCCGUGGGUUGAAAACACCGGCUUUUGCACUCCUGGGUCUGGACCAGCAGGUGUUCUCACUGCACCCGGAGAAAUGUUCUCAUCUGUCAUGAAAAUAAGCUAUUAUCCAUCUCUGUUUCUGGUUGCAGUUAGAUGUGACGAUUUCCUUUCAGGGUUUCUGAAGCAGCCCUCCUCUCUCCCUAGGAGAAUUAGGCAGCGCUUUGUGGUGCUGGAGGUAGGGUGGUUGUUGAAGGCAUAAGGAGGAGGCACAGGGGGCUGUGGUCCUUCACCCAAAUCCCCAGCUGGGAUGGAGCUGCAGAAAUGCCUCUUCCCCAGAUUUCCCAUUUGAUUUUGUACAGGAAGAUGCAUUUACAGAGCAUCGUGGUCAAUCUCUGCUCUAAGACAGAGCAAACAGGAUUGAAGUCUGGCACCUCUCCUCCCCAGGGCAGGACAUUCCUGGCUGUGCCCUGAGUGGGAGUGCAUUUUAGCCCCUGAACUUUUAAUUAGUCUCUGCAGAACUGAGCUUUUCUGGCUGGGAAGAUUUGGGGCACCCUGUGCAGGAUACAGCCAGCCAAGGAGAGCUCAGCAUCUGUGGUUUCUUACGGGAUGAGUGUGGGUCUGGCAUGAGUCUGUCAUCUGAGGAAAUGGAGCUGUGUUUUGGGUUGGGUUGGGUGAAGAUAUUUCUCAAAGCCUGUCUCCUGCACUGGGUGUUGCGGGAGGCAGAAAAGGAGAUGGGCUCAACCUGGAGGUUGUCAUGAGUUCCAAGAGUAGAAAAUCAGGUAUCUGGGACAAUAUCAGGAGUGCUUUUAUAGUUACGAAAUGAGGAAAUCCAGCUUAAUGAACCUUUUGGAGCAUCCCUUGUGGUCUGAAUCUGCCCUGCGUGAUUUGGUGUUUCAGCCUCAAAAGGAGAUGCAGAGAAGCUCUAUAGGUCCCUGCCCAGUGGAAGAACAAGUGUGCCCCAAGCCUGUUUCUUGUGGCUUUGAAAUACAAAGGACUCAAGUUUGUUCCCUGUCAUUGGUGCAAAUAGCAAUUGCAUUACAAGUUACAGACACCCUCUGGCAAAGGUUUAAUCCUGGAGCUCAGCAGUAGUCAUCAGAGCACUGGAAGGAUUUGGCCUUUGGACUAGAAAGUGGAGGUGAAGGCUCUUGGACAGGAGCCUGACCACAGCCUGCAAGGAGGACAGGGUGCAGAGAGGGCUUCUGCAGCCCUGGAAGUGCAUAAAGGUCAGGCUUUGAGUGCCUCUUCCCUUUCAAACUUUGUGGAAUACCUGUUUUCCCUUGGCACAGGAGUCAUUGAGUGGAGAAGACAUUGCAUGGUGCAGCUACCAAUGAGGCCUGUGCUAACCUCAUGAAGGUUGCAUGGGGACAGAACUUCAUGAGAAGUAUCCCAGGGAAUAUUGAAUAUCUUCUCCUCCCUGUUUCUGCUGUGUGCACUCACCAAGUCCCUUACUGGGAAGAGGUGAGGCUACAUGAAAAGAAACCUAGUGUUCCCAUUAGUAUCCCUUUAUUAUGAAACUGGUGGGAGCAGCCAGAUGAGUGCCUUCGAUCUCCUUGCAUUGUUUUCAGAUGCUGUGUGGAAGGUCACAGAGGAAAUUCCAUAUUAAACACACCAUCCUUCUUACCCUCCCCUCAAAAGAAAGUGUUUUAUAAUCGAAGUUCUAAUUUUCUUUUUAUUUAACUAUGAAUAAAUAGGUAAGACUAUAGAGUGCCCUUAUUUUUAUAAAUACUGUAGUUAGGGCAUAAGUGGCUGUGGCUAUUCAGCUAGGAGAAAGGUAAAGCUGUUGGAAGGACAUAGAGAUGAUGCUGAAGAGCAGGUCUGUGUGGGUAGCUGACUCUGUGUAUCCAUGGCACCAAGCCUUCCCCACCCAUCAGGGACAGGUUCAGCAGUGCUGCCUCAAGCUGUCUUAAGGCUUUUAGGUGCUUUUUCCAUCCAACUUUUUUACUCAAACCACUAUUUCUAACUCUAUGCUGUAGCCCUGCAGGACUUGAGGACCUCUAGGACCUCACAGACCAGAAGCGCUCUGUGCACAGACACCUUGGGAGCUGCUAGCUGGAGAGAUUUCUCCUGUUUACACCAUGGGCCACUGGCUAAAACAGGGUUUAGUUUGACUCAGCCAAGGAUAAGUCUCAAAGGGGGCUUCAGGGUUACGUUCAGCCUUUUCUACCCCAGCCUGCUGAGCAGCAAGUCAACAUGAUGCCCGUGUGAUUUUGAAGCUUGCACUGUCGUGUUUUGGGUUUUCUGGAUGCUUGUGUUUGCACAUGCCAUCCUGUGUUGGAAUAACGCUGGUGGGUUUGUUUUUAACCACUUUUCUAAUUCUUAAUUGUUAUGAGAACUGUAACAUGAAUUACCUUGAUUGA